AUGCUCGCUGCAGUCCAGCACGCACCCAAUGUGUCGCUUCUCACGCCUGGCAGUGGCUUGGAUCGCGAUCGCGAGGGGUCGGUGAUCAGCGAAAACGAUGCGGAUAUGCGGUCCGUGGCGGAUUCGGCGGCCUCGGCUUCGGCGUCGGUGGCUGGUGGACUGGGCAGACGUCCGCCGCUGCCGAGCAGGGAUGUUAAUGCGCAGUUGGAGGAGGGCACUGUGCUGCUGGGCGACCAGUGGGUGCAUGUUUCGGCAUAUUCGAGGCUACCGGUCGAGGUGCUGGAGGUGUUGAACGAGGCGGAUCUGUACAUUGACGCAUUUCAGGGCCACCUGGAUGUGCAGACGGGGUAUGCGUGUCUGGUGUCGCGCACCCAGUGCUUUGUCUGGAACUACUCGAGUCGCGGCAUCGGCACGGGCUCACCGACGUGCUUCGUCUUCCCCGUGCCGCAGUACGCUUCGUCGAGCAUGUCUGCGAUCAACGACCUCCCGCACUGCUGCUUCCUCCCGCGCGGCGGGGCGAACAGGGAACCGGCGCUGCUGCUCAUCACCCCAGAUGGGCAGGCCUGCCUUUGGGAGGGGAUCUCGUCGUCGCUGACGCGUCAGGAUCGCGCACAACGCAUCUCGGCCCCGCUUUCCUCGUCAAGCGAGACGAUCGUGCAGCUGCAGCGGGUGGACGAGUCAACGGUAAUUCUUGCGACGAGCCAGUCCCGCUUGCUGCGCGUGUCGAUCGGUAGCAGGGCGGGAGUGCUACAGGCUGAGGUAAGGCCGUUCUCGCAGCAGCGCGGUUUGCUCGGUCGGCUGUUUGGGUCGACUUCGGCGAUGGGUUCAAACAACGAUCAGAUUGUUACGAUUGCGGUCGCACCUGUUCAGGCGGGGAAGGCUGGUCGCGAGGUGUAUGCGAUUGGCAGGAAGACGUUGCAAAAAUGGCAGGUGCUCGAUCAGGGCGGAGAGCGGCUGCUGGCCGAACAGGAUGUGCAGCAGGUUGUGGCGAGCAGCGUGCUGCAGCUCAGCGAUGAGCGAUACAGCGCGGCACAGAGCCUGUCGUUUGACAUUGUCGACGGUGCUGUGCAGAGCGACGGCCAGCUGGUGCUGCUGUAUUCUCAGGCGAAAGCGGAACACGAACCGCUUACCCACGGUCUGGCUGUCGUCGACGCUGUCAAGGAUGCUGGCUCGUUUGUUGUCGCCAGCAUCAUCACUAUCAACUACUCAAGCUUUGCCGAUCCGCGACCCUACGCCGAGCCGAGGCUCAGCUUGCCCAACGGCGGACCGGCUGCGUUCGUUUGCUUUGCCGACACGGUGGUCGCCAAACAGCUCGAGGCAGGUUGCGAAUCUUUCGAGGAGGUCGUCAAGCUCAAGGACGACGUCAAGAACAGAUUCAUUGGUUCCGGAUGCGACUCGAUCGAUGUAGGCAGCGACCAAGCUGUUGCGUCGCUCUCGCUCAUCUCGGCGACGUCGGGGUCGCUGUUGGUCGAAACGAGCAUCAGCGAGAUUCGCAAGCGAUGCACGGCGUAUACUUCGGCUGCUGAUCGUCAGCGCGCUGAUACCGAGCGGCUCAAGGGCAAACUCGAACAGGCGCUGUACUACUCGGAAUCGCCGCUCAACCCGCUCACGUUCCAACUGCCCGCUCAUCUGCAGGGGACGCUGAUGACGGCUUGUCAGGACCUCAGUCGCGAACUGCUUACUUUUACCAACCCCAUCGCGCAGAGUGUUCCGCCCUCGGUCGACCUGCGUACGGCGCUCAAGGACCGGCUGGGCAAAUUGCGGUUCUUGGUCAAAUUCGUCGCAGCGUGUGGACAUCUGGAGAAGCUGCCGCAAACGACCAAGCGACAGCUUCGUGCCGAUGCAGAGCUCGCAGCGGCGCUCGGCGAGCUGUGGGUGUAUCAGAACGAGUUCUACACCUCGGCGCACAAUCACGGCUCGGCCGCACAGAGUCCGCUCGCCAGAGCGAUCGAGACGGUCAUGGCCGAACAAGGGUGGGGGUCGGGUGGGGAUGAUUUGGUGCGCAGGUUUUUCAGGCAUCAUGCUGAUUUGACGACCAGUGUGUUGGAGAGGUUGUUGAAGCAGACCAAGAGCGUUUCGGCGCAGCCGCUGCGUACCCGGUCGACGGAUGUACUUGAACUCAACCGCACUGUUCUUUCGGCGUUGCGGGCGGCGCUUAGGUAUAGGAAGGAGAGCGGAGCGCUGUAUGGUGUUCUGGACACUGCAGCGACAACAGCAUCGACGGCGGCCGUCGCGGCGACGGCAACGGUGGCAUUCGAAGCUUGGACCGCUCAGAGCGCAAGUGUCCAAUUGCUCGAGAGUCUGUUUUCGCUGACGGUCAAUUUGAUUCCUGACCGUACGCGCGAACUGGGUUCGAGUAUUGACGCUGCCUCGACCGAGUUCUCGGGCACUGUCAGCGAGGAGGCCAAGCGCGAGCAUCGAGUGCAAGCUGAACUCAAGGCGCAGCUGUGCUCGCUUGCCGAGAUCGCAUUGGCCUGCUAUACGGAGCGGCUGCAUUAUCUGGAAGCCGCUGCUGCGUCCGAUGGGGACAAUGGUGGAUUGGAGAGAGAGCUAUCGGUCUUUUCUGCCACGUACCGCACGGCUCGACCGUUGUUCAUCCGACCUCUGGUCUCGAUCGGUCGAUCAGACCGCUCCUUUGCGCUCGCCGAGCAGUACCACGAUUUCCGUACGCUCGUCGAGCUGUGUAACGAACCAUCGCUCAGAUCCGAGGCUCGAACAGACACGUACUUGGAGCGAUAUCAGCAAGCCUUCGCCUUCGAACUCUACUCUUGGUACGUCGAACACGGUCAGCAACGUACACUGCUCGAGCAGAAGCCGCAGUACUCGAUGCUCGUGUUGUCGUAUCUCAGCCAGCCGGGGCAGGAUCGGUUGGGGUGGCUGCACGAUUUGGCGCUGAAGCGGUUCGAUGUGGCCUCUUCCAAGCUAGAGAAGAUCGGGUUGGUGGAAAGGAACCUGGCGCAGAGGAAGCUCAUGAUGAGCUUGGGCAAGCUUGGGUUUCUGUCAACGCUGCAGGUGGACGAGCUGAGGACGGUCGGAGUACAGAAGCAGGUGGAGUUCUUUGACGACCAUUUGGACUUGAUUGCAGUUCAGGAGUCGCUAGCUGCGUUGUGGGAAAACAGUCUCGAGGGGGGACUGCCGAUUGAUCUGCCCAAGUCUGGAACUCGAGAAGCGAUAGCACUGGCGUCCGAAAUCGUCGACACGGUUGCUACUCGUUUGGUCGAAUACCCGGCUUACCGACAGCAGUACAUCGACUUGAUCCAGAAACUCUUGCUCGACAAUAUCUACCUGGGCGCUGAAGAUCUGAUCGACCUUCUCACGCUCAAAGACACGCCCGAGGUGCAGUUGGAAGACUUCGCCACCGCGAUCAAGGUUCUCGUUCGAGCGAGCGACGUGCCGCCGCAGAGGAUGCGUGCUGCCAUCAAGGCGGUCUGGCGCCGGAGCGUCAUCCGCGACGAUUGGCUGGCGCUGAGCGAGACAAACAAUGUCUCGGACCAGACGAUUCUGCAAGACCUCCAAUCGACGGCGCUGUACGCGGUGCUCAAGGAAGUGCUCGCUGCGGAAGACGAGUCUGCGCGCGCAGCUUGGAUCGACGUCAAUGAUCUCACCAACGACGACAGCGCAAAGGAGGAGGAUGGACAGGAAAAAGGAGGGAUGAGAAAGGUGUUGGAAGCAAGACACGCAGACGCCCCUGAUCAUUUUAUCAGCUUGCUGCUUCAGGACUACGAGAAAGAGGUGGCGACGGUGGCAGCGUUCUUGGACGACUCGGAUCUGCCGAGGCUUGCGAACGAGCUGGCCGGUUUGGCUGCGAACGAGGCGAAGGCGGCACAGGGGGUGUUGGACGCUAGCAUCGGUGGAAAAGAACUGGAGGAAGAAGAGGAGGAGGAGAACAGUAUGCUCGUCGAGUGA